CUGAACUUUACUGAGUGAAAGUUUAGUGUACUACUCUUGGUCCUCGUGUUCAAAUAUGUUGUUUAUCUGGACGAAUGCUCAUUGUCUGCUGAGGUUUUCGAAUGCGGAAAAUAUGGAUAACUCGUUUAUGAUGGAAGGCCCUUUAAGCAAAUGGACCAAUGUCGUUAAUGGCUGGCAAUAUCGUUGGUUUGUGCUUGACAUAAGCCUAGGGGUUUUAUCUUAUUACACGUCUAAAGAGAAGAUGAUGCGAGGCGAUAGACGUGGAUGUGUAAAGUUAAAAAAUGCUCAAGUUGGGAUUGAUGAUGAGGAUGAUAGUACAUUCACCAUUACUGUCGACCACAAAACAUUUCACUUCCAAGCUCGUAACUCAGAUGAACGUCAAAAAUGGCUAGACGCUUUACAAGAGGCUAGGGAUUUACAUACACAGAAUUAUGCUCUUCUUAAUCAGACUAACCGUUUACUGGAACAUCCUUGCUGCCUUUCUGAAUUUGACCGUCGUAUCGUAGAGGCAGAUGCUUUUUUACAAAUUCUUAUAGAUCAACAUGAGCAACUUGUCAGUCAUAUUCCAUCGUCCGAUGAUUGUCGGCCGGAGAUUAUGGGUGCUGUCACUUUCCGGAUGCAAAGGCUUAUCGAACUAGUGAAAAAGACAAUUGUAUGCCUCCAGUUUGCCAGAGCUGACGUAAUAAGGAGAAAAGGUUCAGUCAGUGGUUCAUAUCGUAUACCGAUUACUUUGAAUGACAACACUGUUUCUGAUGUAGUUGAUAUUCCGUACACUUUACAUUUCGAUACGUCUAGAUCAAACAGUGCUUAUUCUACACUGAAAGUGAAAGAUUAUGAUUUAAAAGUACACAGUAUAAAUCAUACAUUUAUUAACGCUCAAGGUGGUGAAGGUGACGGUGAAAAUCCAUUCGCUUCUUGUCAAGAAUCCUUAUCCGGUGCUUCCCCUAUUAUAACACAGAAACCUUCCAGAAAACAUUCUACUCGUAAUUCUCGACGUUUGGAAAAAGGCAAAUUACACAAGCGGCCAUCUUCUACUACAGAAUCAUCCAUCGAAUCCCAUUCAGUAUAUUCACAUCCUGAGCAACUAGCUACUAUUUCUUCAUCACUCCCUAAUGAUACUGUGAUUGUGAAAAGAUGUUUUGAUGCAUUAGAUUCACCCUCUGCUAAUUAUCCACCCUUGUCCAUCCCAAGAAUGCCAGUUAGGUCUUAUUCUUCUUCAGAUGAUGAUGAGGCUCAAUUGGAUCAGGAAGAGGAGGAUGAAGAAUUCUUUGAUACUCAAGAAGAUAUUUCUGUCAACUGUGCAAUAACUAAUUCUCCACAACCUGUCAAGGAUAAUACAAAUAUAAACAUGUAUUCUAAUCCAACUGUCUCUCUGACGAAAUCUAGUCGUUAUCUUCCAAGUCAGUCAUCAAAUAAUCAGACGAAUUCGUCUUUGGAUGAUACCUUCGAUGAAUUGUAUGAUGAUGAAAAUGAGGAAGAGUUAGGUUCUGUGCAAUCUCACGGUUCUGUAAUAACACAUCUUCUUUCUCAGCUUCGAAUCGGAAUGGAUUUAACUAGAAUCACUUUGCCCACAUUCAUUCUCGAACGUCGUUCUACAUUGGAAAUGUAUGCAGAUUUCUUAGCACAUGCUGAUUUAUGGGCUGUUAUUCCUAAUGGAUCAACGCCUCGUGAUCGUAUGGUUUCUUGUCUUCGGUGGUAUUUGUCUGCAUUUCAUGCUGGCAGACGAUCGUCAGUUGCUAAGAAACCUUACAAUCCUACAUUAGGUGAAAUAUUUCGUUGUUAUUGGCCUUUAUCUAAAGAGAGUGGAGAUGAUUCAUCAAAUGCAUCAGAAAAACCACAGGACAAAUUAUGUAAUUCUGGUCCUGUUCCUUGGGCGCCUAACAAUUCCGUAGUCUUCUUAGCAGAACAGGUAUCACACCAUCCUCCUAUAUCCGCUUUUUAUGCUGAACAUGUUAAUAAUCAAAUAGCUGUAGAUGGACACUUGUGGACUAAAUCAAAAUUUCUUGGUCUAAGUAUAGCUGUAGAAAUGGUUGGUUCAGCUGUCAUAUCUUUACUAAAUCAUGAUGAAGAAUAUGUGGUUACGUUUCCAUGUGGAUAUGGCAGAAACAUUCUCACUGUUCCAUGGAUUGAGUUGGGUGGGAAAACUAGUAUCACAUGCCUAAAAACUGGCUAUUUAGCUAAUAUCGAGUUUCGAACAAAACCUUUUUAUGGUGGUAAAAGAGAUACUUUACGUGCUGAGGUUUUUGGACCUAAUGAUAAAAAGCCGUUUCUUAUUGUUGAAGGUGAAUGGAACGAUAAGAUGCUAGCGAAAUGGUCUCACGGUGUAAGUGAAAGAAAAACAAAACAAAAUCACCUUUCUAAGUUCCUCAUUUUACCUUUUUUUAAUAUUUUGAGUUUAAUGCACUAUACGGUGAUCAAUGUUUAUUUAUUUAUUUAGGCACAUAAAUAUUGGUACAAAGGGGAACCAGAUACAUAUGCGCCACACAAAUCUCAUUUGAUUUGUGUGAGGGAUGUGAUACUGCCCAGGUGCCGAAACCGAGGCAGGUGGUCUUCUCAGGGAACCUCACCCUGAGCCUUUGACCUAAAGGUCUGAUCCACAAGGCAGUGAAGCAUCAUGAGGAAAUGCAGUCCUAUGGUAGCUGGUGACCAACGAUUGAUUCAUACUCCAUUUGUUCCCUCAGGAUACUGGAGUCCAUGUGCACCAGUGAUUUGGAAUCAGGGUUUUCCAACUCCUCUAGGUGGACUCGCCGUGUUCACCAACCCGGUUAAAGGGCCGGAUAUUGCAUUUCGUCCUCUGAAUUUCGUAAACAACACCCUCGCCAUGAGAAGGCAGUGAGUAGGACUUCCCUGGCAGAGGCUAUAUACGCGUGGCCAUGUGAGAGCAUUUCGAGAGGGAGAGCAGACUGGUUAGCUGAUUUCAUCUACAUUGCAGUUGUAUUGUUUCGGUGGAUGUUUGUAAACAAGCGACGAAAGGUUCGCUCAUACUGUAGAAUUUCAAAUAUGGAGAAACCAUUAGUGGAAGGUUUAGUAGCCUUAUGAGGAAUACUCUUAAUUGAUUGUAUAUGCAUACUGGAAGUAAUGAAAUCAGUCAGACUUAAGUAUAUUAAGUCUGUUAAGUUAGUAUUUAGAAGCGAGUGGUUGAAAGACUACUAAAUCUUUAAGUCAGUCACCAAGCACAGAAUUGCCGAAGUUGACAAACUUGGUCCUAGUUAAUAGUAACGUUCCUGGUCUGUGCUUACUGCAAUCUUACACAAAGGAAUGCAAAGUUUCAGGUAAGUGUCGAUAAUUUUUUCCGCUUAGGCGAAAAUAAGUCCCAUUUUCUUUUUAAGUCAUUAACUCGAUUGUUUUUGGUGUUAUACCACUCAAUUUUUUUGGUCACGUGGUUCGAUGAGGAUUUUAGCUGUAGUUAUUAUUUUGUAAGCGUCCUAUCUAUUCUUUUUGUUGUAGGUCAUUUACGAUCAUAUACAUAGAAUUCAGAAGUGUUUUAGAAAUUUUUUUUAAUAUUGUAGAAAAGUGAGUUAUUUAUUGAUACCCGUAACAUAUCAACUGUAAGAAAACAUGUGCUUCCUCGAUCUCGUCAAGAAGAAAAUGAAUCAAGACGAUUGUGGGAGGAAGUGACUUAUAAUUUAAAAGUGGGUAAUAUCGAUGCAGCAUCAGAUGCUAAACACCGUUUGGAACAGCGACAACGAGAUUUAGCUCGACAGAGAAGAGACUCAAAACAUACAUGGACACCAGAAUACUUUCGUGGAGAGGGAGACAACUGGAUUUAUAGACAUCCUUUAAUUCAACGCCUACAUCAACCACCCAAUCAAAAUAUUUCCUCCACUGAACCACAAACUAUCUCCAAGAUCAUGAAUUUAGCAUGUUCACCGGAUAUAGUUGUUAAUCCAGUUUCUUGCAACAGCCCAGUAACUGAUUCUCUUCAGAUAGUUCAUAAUACUACAACUGAGUCUUCAAUCCCUGUAAUUGAAUAUUCCGCCAGUCCAUAGUUUAUAACUCCAUAUAAUUUUAAAAAUUACAGUUUUUUUUCCGGUUUAUCACAAUUUAUGUAAAGCUUAAAGGUAAUAUUUGUUUUGCUCAAAGUAGAGAUAAUAUGUUUUUUUAAUGUUCUUUCCUUCUUCCUUAACAUCUUUUUUAAUUUCAUUAUUUUUGUGCUCCGCACUUAUUUAUGUUCCCUUUAAAAGCAGUUUCAUAAACUAUUUUGACUGCACAUUGCUCUAAUAGUUUUACACUUCUCAUCCUCUCUUCCAUUUUUCUAUCUUUAAUUUCUUGGAUGGUGCUCGGAUUGAUUACAUAUUCAUUCCAUAAAAAUCAUAACGCAAACAAUAUUAUCUCCUUUUCGUUUUUAAUUCAUCGCGAGUUCUUUCUGUUGAAUUUCAUCUUUAAAAUUCAAUUUCGUUAUUUAUUGUUUGGUUUCUCAGUUUGAUUUUUAUCGUGAAACUUUUAUUUAAAUGGGUGCAUUGUACUACCAUAUUCUUCUUUCUCAUUUACUUUCACCAUUUCUUCUUGGCUUCCUAUAACUUGUUCACUUGUUUGUUACUUUCCUUCUGUACAAAGAAGGUUAUUAAGAUGUAUUAAAUGCUCUGACUGUAGAGUAUGUAAACGAGGAUCCUAUUAUUUCUCUGUAUGCUCAUAUUUGUUAUGUAUUAUGCAAUUCGCGUUAACCUGUCGAGGGCGAUAACUAUUUUCAGUAUUUAAAUUUUUCGAAUGUUUGAUUCUAUUUUUGCUAGCUCAUUGGUUUCUCAAAAAUCCGGGUUACGUUUCAGCGGUUAUUCUUGUUUUCCAAUUUUAAAUAUAUUUGUUUACAGAGGUCUGACUUCAUUCGACUUAUAUAAAGUAUAAUGUGGACAUAUUCUGCUUCAUCUCAGCAAACACUCUGUAAGAGUAGAUUUGUUUAGAUAGUUUACUGCAUUCAAGUUACAUAACUAAAUACAACGCUUGUUGUACACAUUGACUUAAUAAUCAAUAGUUAUCAUAGAAGUGUUUUAAUUAUACGAAAAUGCACUUUUGAUAAAAGUUAUGGUCUAGGUGCGGCUACUCAGUAACUUUGUUUAUAUCUCCUGAUUUCAUUUGUUUGGGGGUCCAUGUGGAUUAAAACAUGACUGACUGCUGACGGAAAGUCGUUACUUGAGACUGGGUUGCUUUUAUUAGUAUAUAUCAAUCAUCAGAAGUUGUUUAUUGAGUCACUUGUACAUACCUAAAUUUAACCACUUUUCACCCACUUGCCUCCAUCUCUUAAUUUGUUUUCUAGAUUUGUGAUGAAGUGUUGACUAACACUUAGAGGUAAUGAUGAUAAUGUUUUAAACGCUGAUAGUUUCUCAUGCAAUGUUUGAAAACUUUAACACAAGCAAACAUUAAGUGCGUUUGACGUUCACUCAAGUUAUGGAGUAGUAUGAGAAGACGAGAUUUGAAUGCAUAUUUAAUCGGUUAAUCACCAACCACACAAAGUAUCCUGUGUUAUGAUAAGUCUGUUAAUCUCACAUCAAUGAACAUCUACGGAUAUUUGUCCUUAACUAUAAGUGAGUUUGAUUUUGUCAAGCGGAAAACUGUACGUCGUUCCAACAGUUGAAAUGCCUUUAGCUGGUGGCAUAAAAUCUCUUUUGUGUUCACGAAAGUUGAAGAAGACUAGUCAAAGUAGGUCGCACACUUAAAGUUUUUCGUUUGUUUUAAUCGUAUUGAUGUAUUCACUCAAGUUCCCAUUGUUCGUAAAUAAAAUCUUGAAUAUGCAUUGAAAACGGUUUGGAACGAAUGAAGGAUUAGGAUCUUAAGAUUUGGAGAAUACUCAGCGGUAUCACGUGGUUUAUUAGGUAUAAAAUACUGCUGGGAGGACAUCAUUGGUAUUAUUCACUGAAACAUAACACUCAGGUGUCAUCGGAUUAACAGUGCUUGGUAGUCGGAAAUUAUAUGGGUCCAGUGAAUAUAGUUAGUGGAAAUCAAGUUGCACCAUCCGGCUGUCAGCACUCUGAAUACUUUGUUCUCAGUAUUCGUACUAAUUAUCAAUUUUCCUACAUCAUACUUCAGUGUAUAACUUUCCAGGUUAGUAAUGUGGAACUUUUGACUAAAAUCCACCUGAUCACAAGCUGUGAAAAUCGGUUGGCAAUAUUCCUUUAAUAUUCACAUAGACUUGUUGUUGAAAACUCAGUUCACUUUUAUUAAUCCCCAAACAUUCCGAGAAACACUAGAACUUUUAUUUAGACGAUUUGUUUUUAUUUAAAGUGAUAUUGAUUAGCAGAACCCAGCUACAUUGAGAGAGCUAAUGAAAACGGACGUGGACACAUCAUCUGAUCCACGUUUCUCAGCUAUUUUCCUCAAAUUUUCCAUAUCAUUGUACUGCAAGUUGAAUAAAGUUUUGUUUAUAUGUUCUAGAAGUCCUUAAAAUACUAUAUAUACAUAUGAGCUUUAAUGCUCUUAUCCAGCGAAAAAAACAUUGCUUCCACCCGUCAAUAAUAAGAAUAAAAGUUUGGACGAGGCACUUCAUAGUGACCUUUCUAGCCUCAAAAGAACUAUUCUUUAGAUACUUUCCAGCAAAAAGCAUAUCCAAGACUUUUUACUGCACCAUAGUGACCCCUUUUCGAGCUUCUGGAGAUGGAAUCGACGGCAAAAAAAUGAAACAAGCGAGCAGAUCACAGAUAGUUUACGCUCCCUUCAUGGCUGUUGAUGAUUAUUGGAAAACACUGCCACGCACUGGAUUUCUGUGAUUACUGUAGUUGCUGCAAGACACUUCAGAGAAAGCUUAACCGUGAGGCAAUACAGAAAACGAAUGGUUGGUUGUUGCAUAACCACCG